AUGUUAAAAUUUAUUCGUAAUAAAGUUCAAGAAAAAAAACUUCAAGAACUUGAAAAAAGUUUCAAUAGAAAAGUUCCUGAAGAUAUUGCCAUGAAUCCAGACGUUGUCAAUCUCAUUUUAAAAUAUCUAAAAGAUAAAGAAAACGACGAAAUGCCGGCACUCCUAUUUAUCUGGAAUAACGCGGGAUUCAAUGAUACAACGGUACCAAAUUGUCGUAAUGGUGCCAUGGGGCAGACACAAGCAACUAUAAUUGCAAAUCUAGUCACAAAUGGAGCGAUAAAUUAUAGGAAUAUGAAUACAUUAUUUAUUUUUCAGAAUGGUGAAGCAAUCGGAGAUUGGGCAAAAACACAAGCCGGGGUUCCCAAUAUUUGUCAUCAACUCAUAAGAAUAGGUAAGAUUUCGGCGCACACGGCAAAUGCAGAUGUUGAGGAUUAUUUACAUGUUUUAGAAUGA